GCUCACAAAAAGCAAGGUUUCUCCAAAAGCAAUGAAAGGGAGCCUCUGCCAUGAGUUGAAGAGUGGCCUCCCGGCAGCCGAGGUGUGGGAGGUCUAUGGAGGCCUCCUUUUGGGCCAGUUGAUCCCUCAAUUGCUUCCCGACGUGCUCUCAGAGUUCGAGGUUGUGGUUGGAGAUGGUGGUGUUGGAACAGUCUUGCGUCUCACCUUUCCUCCUGGAAUCCCUGGACUGGAAUACCAGAAAGAAAAGUUCAUCAAGAUUGACAAUGAAAACUUUGUCAAGGAGGCGAUAGUAAUAGAAGGGGGUCUCCUCAAUCUGGGAUUUUUGAAGUAUUUCGUACGGUUUGAGAUUGUAGGGGAUGCAGAUAACACAUCUACAAUAAGAUCGACUGUGGAAUAUGAAGUUGAGGACGAGCACACAGGCAACGCAGCCUUUGUCACUACCAGCACUUUCGCUCGUAUUGCUGAGGCCAUCACAAAGUACAUCAAGGCGCAGAAGGGCGAUGAGAAAGGCCCCAAGCAAACUUUGUAAGAAGAAAGUGUCCCACCAGCUGGUCGAUGCACAAAAUAAGUUAGAGCAACUUCAUGUU